AUGGCUUCGAGAGGAUGGAUGUACACUAAAAUGGCCGCAGUUGUAACACCCGCGGAGGGCGAAGUCUUCAAACGCUUCAACCCCGAUCUCCAAAAGCGCAAUCUCGAACUGCGAGAACAACGCCUCAAAAAUAACGAGGAAUUCGUCUCCAAAUUAAUCGAAUAUUCCAAAUCAGAUAAACCAGUAUGGAUUGUCGCCGCGGAAGCUGAGAAGAAGGAAAAGGCCGACAGGAUAAGAAAAGAAGCAGAGGAGGGAACGGAUAGAGGGAGUAUUCGGGAGCAGAUGAGACGAGCACAAGCGGAAGGGAAGUAA